CAAAUCAAUUGAUUCUUGAAUUCAUACAUGAGAACACUGGUUUACCAUGGUGGGCAACCAUAAUAUUCACGACAAUAAUUCUUCGUUCAGCAUUUACUCUACCAGUUGCAAUAUAUCAACAAAAAAGCUACUCUCGACUAUUAAAAGCUCAACCUUUAAUAAAUUCAUGGAUCGAAAAAUUAAAACAUAAAGUUGCAAGAAAAUCGAGAAUGGAAAAGCGUAGUUACGAGGAGUUUCAGGCAGCAUUACAGAAAGAGGUUAAAGAAAUAUAUCAAGAAAUUGGAUGGCAUCCGAUAAAAAGUUAUCUAAUGCCAUGGUAUCAAAUUCCCUUAUUCAUUUGUAUGUCUUUUACUUUGCGCGAAAUGAUUAACUCUGCUAAUCGCAAAAAAGAGGAUAAUGCCAGUAAUUACGAAAAUGUCGAAUCCAUCGCAAUAAAUGCAGAAAAAUUUGAUGACUUCACCAAUGGUGGCGUAUUUUGGUUUCCCGACUUGACUAUUACAGAUUCAACUUGGUUCUUUCCUUUGGCUUUUCAAACAUGGAUUUCUAAAGGAACGCCUACCACAAAACAAAAGAUUAUUAAAAAUAUCGGGCGAGUUUUAUGUCUAGUAAUGGUACCGGUUUGCUCCCAAGCUCCAACGCGCGGUACAAAAUGUAGUAUUUAG